AUGUUUGUCUACCUCAGGCACGGAGCAUCAUUUUAUCAUCUCUCCCUUUCAGACAAUGAGCAGUUCCUUGUCAACACAAACUGCCCUGUCAUCCUUCUGCUGGAGCACAUCAAAGCCAAACUGGAGCUGUCCAAGACCGAUCUGGUGGAUCUUUGCGAUGAGGGCGGGGCUCUGAAGCUCCUCUUCCUGUCUCGACGGCUGGAGGACUGCGCCCGCCCGCAGCUGCCCCCCCGCUGCUCCUUCACCGUGUGCUCCGUCAACCGGAGAGCGAUGGACGGUGCAUAUGUCUCUAUCUCUCCUCUCCUGGCCAACCCUGACCCUGCGCUGCUGGAGACUCUGCAGACUCAGACAGACAGUCUGGAGAAGGCUCGACUGAUUCAGCUCCGCUCCCAGGAAGUUGACCGGGUCCUGAAAACUGUUAAGGUGCAGUCGAUGAAUGUGCUUGUGUGUGUUUCUUCAUGCAUGUGUGUGUGUGUGUGUGUGUGUGUCUUCAUGCAUGUGUGUGUGUGUGUGUGUGUUUAUGCAUGUGUGUGUGUGUGUGUGUCUUCAUGCAUGUGUGUGUGUGUGUGUGUGUGUUUUCAUGCAUGUGUGUGUGAGCAAGAGACGUGA